AUGGCAACGACGUACACGAAGGAGUCCGUCCCCUUUGUGAAGGAGUGUUUUGUGCAUCAGACUUUCAACAUCUCGGUUCAUUUGAAUAUUCUCGUAAACUCCUUGCAUCCACUUUCCGUUUCCACAUUUCUUGAAAGAAAAAAAAAAGAUUUUCUAUUUGAUCCAAAAGUGAUAAUGUCGCCAACAAAACCUGUCUCGGCUCCCGUUAGAAAAAUGCCAACAACUGGGUCGUUUAUUCCCCGCCGUGUCAAGACAACAUCCAAAAUAUCAACCAAAUCGAUAACUUCUUCAUCUAGUACAACGGACCCUUUGAAAAAGAAGGUUCCUGUCAAAACUUCCAACAUCAAGAGUUCCAAUACCAAGACACUUUCUAUAUUCUCGGAUAAGACUACAACUCUUGCCCCGACGUCAACCGUGUCAUUAUUUUCCAACAUUGCGGAGGCCAAUAAGGAAAACAUGCCAUGUGGGCCGUUAAGAUCAAGCGUUAAUCGUGCUAACAAUAAUGGAGGAUCUCCAAUAAGGCUACGGUCUGGUAUUUCCAAGAACAUCUCCCAGAAAUCAACCCACAAGAAAAAGACUUUCGGUUAUAAUCGUAUUCCCCUUCGUGAACUUGAUACCCAAGAGGUCUUUGAGAGAGAUGAAGCAGUUCUUGGAGAUCUUCGCCGUCGUAGAUCUGGCGAACACAGUGGCGCCAUGAUCGAAGUCGAAUCGGUCCUUGCGUACCCCUCUCCGAACACGGCUAAUGCUACUACUGCUCGUGCGUCAUCGAGUAAAUAUUCGGCUACAGGUGUCACUGUGACCACUACAGCGACUGGAUACUACCAGGAUGAUUCCGCUGAUGAGCGCGAGCAAGAAAUUCGCACUAAACUUGAUGUUAUUCUAGCCUCUACUUCCGGUGACUCUAAGGGCAAAGGCAAGAUUAUAACAAAGGCCAUUCGCCAAAGGUCCGUUCACCCAGCUGUUCGUCAGAUGUCACCAGCUUUAUCGCCGUACCGCUCUGAGGCCUCUGCUCCUUCGUCCCCCGUAAAGUCUCAGGUUGAUUCUCCCCUUCGUACAAAGGCUGUCAACAAACUUUUGGCGGAAAAGAAAUUGGUUGCCACUGUAGCGGGCAAGGAGGGUGAGAAAACGAAGAAGGUUAUCAUCACCACUUCUGCUGCCACAAGCGGUGCAUUGAAGAAGAAGUCCAGUACGACGAGGAAGGUUGGAACUAGUUCCUUAAGGAGAGCUGCUGGCGGUGCCACGACCUCGACCUCAGCAAGAGAUCCCUCUAGGCCUCCUUUGGCUCUCACUGGAGGGAGGGUUAUGGGACUGGAAGGAAUGCGCAAUAUGCGAUGA